AUGAGUACUCCUAAGGGAUCAGACGGCGAGUACGAAGAAGCCGAUUUUAUCAAAAACCCUGGUGUAGGAGUUCGCUGGAUUUAUGCCCGCCGAAGAGACGAGCUCAACUCCCUUGCCGUCGAGUUCGGCUUUAAAGCUGACGGUACCGUCGAAGAGGUCAGGAAGGCGUUCGCCAACCUGGUCAGUUCAGGAUCCUUUCCACAACGAGUGUGGAAUCGACUGGCCGAGCUGCAGGAACGGUAUAGCAGUCGGGCCCCGAGUCCUGUCCCAACAUGGAAGAAGGACGAGACCGACCAAUUUACGGAGUCCCUCCGGGUCCCUACCGUCUCUGACGCUGUGCCGAUCGAGAUUCCAGCACCUCCCCGCGUGGUCACGGAUCCACGGGGACAGGAGGCCCGAAGUAAUACGACUUCCACCCAGCAUUUGAUCCCCGAGAAGAUCCAUAAGUGGAACCUACGGUUCGACGGUAGCACAGACCCGUUGACGCUCAUAGCCGCACUCGAGGAGAAGAUGACGACGUACAGGAUAAACCCGGAAGAGAUUCCCCGGACUAUGUCCGAAAUCCUUGAGGGCCCGGCGGCACGGUGGUUUCGCACUAGCCAUCUACAGUCCGCCUCUUGGGGAACUUUCCGGAAGGAAUUUCUAGAUUUCUUCUUACCUCCUCGGUACUUCGAAAGAUUAGAGGACGAGAUACGGACGCACGUGCAAAGAAAAGGAGAGCCUUUCAAGACAUAUAUGAUCGAGCUCAGGACGAAGAUGCAGCAGGCCGGAUACCGAGAAGAGGAAGAGCUAUACCGAGCAUAUGAAAACAUGGCCCCAGAGUACCGACUGUAUAUCAAGCGCAACGAGUUCACGACGCUGAAACAGUUGACCUACAUGGCUACCGAGUAUGAGAGUAUCAAGCAACUCGAACCGACUCGAAGUGAAGCCCCAGUAAUGACGACCGGAAACGACGAGGGAUCGCGAAUUCGACGGCUGCCAAACCCCUUCCGGGACUCGGAGCCUAUCAUGCCGACAGAAUACGCGACUCACCGGAUGAUCGGGCAAGGGACCCCCGAAUAG